AUGGCCCUCCGCUCCCUGCUCCUCGCGCGGCGCCUGCCGGCGCGCGCCGGCGCCCAGCACUUGAGCACCGCGGCGGCGACGGCCCCCGCGGCGGCGCCGAGCGUGCCGCUGCUCAUCAACGGCGAGAAGGUCUUCAGCGCGGCAACGGAGGGCAUCGAGGUCAAGUGCCCGGCGACGCAGGACGUGCUCGCGACGACGCCCCUCGCGACGCCCGCGGAGCUCGAGGCCGCCGUCGCCGCCGCGGCCGCCGCGUUCCCCGCGUGGUCGCGGACGUCCGUCGCGAACCGCGCCAGAGUCAUGCACAAGCUCGAGGCCCUGAUCCGCGAGAACACGGACGAGCUCGCGAAGCUCCUGAGCGCGGAGCACGGCAAGACCGUCGAGGACGCCAAGGGCGACAUCUUCCGCGGUCUGGAGGUCGUGGAGCACGCGUGCUCCGUGCCCUCGUUGAUGAUGGGCGAGACGACGCCGAACGUCGGCGGCGGCGUCGACUGCCACUCCUACCGCGUGCCCCUGGGCGUCUGCGCGGGCAUCGCGCCCUUCAACUUCCCCGCGAUGAUCCCGCUCUGGAUGUUCCCCUUGGCGGUGACGACGGGCAACACGUACGUCCUCAAGCCGUCGGAGCGCGUGCCGCUGUCGACGAUGUUCCUCGCGGAUUUGGCGACGGAGGCGGGCCUGCCGCCGGGCGUCUUGAACGUCGUCCACGGCGCCCACGACUGCGUCAACUUCCUCUGCGACGCGCCGGAGAUCCGGGCCGUGUCGUUCGUCGGCGGCGACGCGGCGGGCCGCCACAUCCACGCGCGCGCGGCCGCGACCGGCAAGCGCGUCCAGGCGAACAUGGGCGCGCAGAACCACGGCGUCGUGCUGCCGGACUGCAACCCGAAAGCGGCGCUCGCGGCCAUCGGCGCCGCGGGCUUCGGCGCCGCGGGGCAACGGUGCAUGGCGCUGAGCCGCGUCGUGUUGGUCGGCGACUCGAAAAAGCUCCUGCCGGAGAUCUGCGCGCUCGCCGAAGGUCUGAAGUUAGGCAAGGGCGACGCGCCGGGCGUCGACGUGCCGCCCCUCAACGCCGCGUCCGAGCGCGACCGCAUCGAGGCGUUGCUGACGCGCGCGGCGGACGGCGGCGCGACGUUGGCCGUCGACGGCCGCGCGCCGACGGUCGAGGGCUACCCGGACGGCAACUGGGUGGGCCCGACGGUCGUCUCCGGCGUGACGCCGGACAUGGAGAUCUACAAGACCGAGGUCUUCGGGCCCGUGCUCCAGGUCUUGGAGGUCGACACGCUCGACGACGCCGUGGAUUUGCUCAACGCGAACCCCUACGGCAACGGCUGCGCGGUCUUCACAAGGAGCGGCGCCGCGGCGCGCAAGUUCACCAUGGACGUCGACGUCGGCCAGGUCGGCGUCAACGUGCCCAUCCCCGUGCCCCUGCCCAACUUCUCCUUCACCGGGUCCCGCGGCUCCAUCCUCGGCGACCUCAACUUCUACGGCAAGGCCGGCGUCAACUUCUUCACGCAGUGGAAGACCGUCACCUCCUCCUGGAAGGCCGAGGAGGACGAGGCCGUCUCCAUGUCCAUGCCCACGAACAAGUGA